CUCGGAAGCGAACCUUGUAAUGUCUCUGAGGUUGAUUGGCAUCUGCAAGGUGGUUAAGAUGGCACUCGACUAUGUUGAUCGCCCGAUUCACCUGAGCUUUGAUAUUGACGCGCUCGGCCCCAGUGUUGCACCUAACGCGGACAAGUCAGUCAUAUGUUUGCACGCUUUUGAUGACGUAGUGCGCACCGAAAUACCUUCUGAUGGAGGCGGGCACAGCACACUGACUUACGCAGAUAUUUUAUACAUCGUUUAUCCCGUUCCAUUGGGACUUGGAACUACAAAGACUUCGAUUUGUUGUAGGAAUGUCCAAGUCCACGAUGGGUAGACGAUGUCUUCCUACGCCAA